AGAAGACCAAUAUAACUUGUUUACUUUCUGCUAAUAACCCUGAAGUCUCAUACAAAACGGUAUGCAUACACGCUGUUGCUGGAGCGAGCAAAGGUUACAGUAGUUAAUUUUAACUGUCAGGGUGAAAUAUGCCCUUGUUCCGGCAACUUGAGCCCACACCGGAGAGAGAACGUCAGAGGAAGAAUGAAUGGACUGAGGAUGAGGACGGACCAUCCACACUGAUUGGCCUUUGUCUUCAAAGCCUAGCCGAGAACAUGAAGGAGAUGUGGGCAAAAGAUUAUACCCAAAAAUACAUGGACCAGUAUUUCUUCAGAUACAUCAUGGGUCCCUUCAGCUCAUUACCUGGCGAGUUGUUGGAAGAGCUGUUGUGCAUCCUGUCCUCGCGUAAUUUCUUGACACGUGCUGCCCUGCAUCUCCUUCUGCUCCCGCAGCUGAGCUGUUUGUCCCUCACAUCGGCCUGCAGCCUUGUCAAUGCCAACCUCUGCUCUCUUAUCCAGAUACGCUGCCAGACCGCAAAUACCAGAUAUGCCAAUUACUUCCAAAUUUCAAUCAAUUUAGCAGUGCCUACAGUGCAGCAAAAGAAUAUAUUAGACCCACCCAGGAAUAAUUUGAAUGAGGAGGAGGAGGAGGGUGAAGACGAAGGCCUUCUUUCUAAUCUGCCAUGCAUUCCACACCUCCGCUCUUUAACACUAAAUUUUUCCCUGGAUGAGCGACAUUUGAAGCCUGCAUUGUGUUGGAGGUCUCUGAAGGGAGUGCUGUGGGCACUACUUAGAGGCGCUUCACUCCUUCAGAAGCUCUCACUAAUCGCUGUUCCCUGUCGACUGGACCCUGUGUUCAAACUUGUCCUGAAUCAUUGGGCCAAACCCCUCGGAGCCCUAGAUAGUCCCCCACUGCACUGCCUCAGAUCUGCUAGCCUGAACCGCUCAGAUAUCUCUAUGGAGACUGUAAUACAUAUUGUAAACACUUGUAGGCGCCUCUCUCAUUUGGAUUUGAGUGGCUGCUGGGCAUUGACUUUGAGCAAUAUCACAAAGUUACAAUGCAAAGCCAAAAGGAGGCGCCAUACGCUGCAAAUAACAUGGACAUGAGCUGGGAGAGACAAGGCCUUGCUAAGAAUGAAAAUUAGUUGUAUGUCACUAUGUGAUUUUGUUGAUUUAUAUUUUUAUCUUUCACAGGUGCCUAGAAUUACAAAAAAAGAUUAAUGUAAUUAUAUAUUUAUGAAAUUGGAAAAUAUAUUUGUUGCUGAUACAAAGAUAAAACUAAUAAAGUUAACCAAAAUUACAAUGUACUGCUUAUAAUCCGAUUUAUAAAUUGUCCUUUGUCAUUUUCUAUCCAUAUAUACACAUGGCCUGUGAGAUUUAAAAUUAUGUUUACCACAAACAGUCUGUAUUUUUGAACCCAUAAAGUUUUGUUUUAGAAAGGCACUUUUUAAAAGAUGACCCAGCUGUUCAUUACAAACUUUAAGUUGUUUUUACAAAGAUAAAAGUGUCACGCACUUUGUUAUAUUAGAAUAACUGAUGUUUCUAUGCAAAAGUCCCAGAAUAAGAGCAAGUAAAUGUAUUUUUAAUUUUUUAUCACUUUUUAAUUUUUAUUUGAUCACAACCUUUAAACCAUCUGCGGUUUUAAUGUUGCUGGUAAAAGUGUUGGUGUAAUAAAAUAUUUAG